AUGUCCAGGGAAGAGCGCGAUGGAUCAGCGGGUUUCGUGGAGCAUGCUGCGACAGCAGCGCGUUCCCCUGACCCACCGUACGUCGGCAGAGAGCCGCUGCCCAGUGCUGCAGAACGAACCAAUGCGGACGGUGCGUGCGAUGAAUUCGUACUUCCGAUAUCUCCAGAGGUGCCUGGUGGCGACCCCGAGCAGCCGACGACUGGCUUGACACCGUCGGAGCCUAGUGCGUCGCUCUCGGAGAAGCGGGAACCCUCGGCGGACUUUGGCCCUCGAAAGGGUGAGUCGCGUCGGGACUAUUUGCGGCGCGAGUUCCAACAGCUUCGCUCCUACAUCGUCGUCACAUCGGCAUAUCUCCUAUUUUCCCUGACCGAUGGGGGCAUUCGAAUGAUCGUGCUGCUGUACUCGAUUUUCCUGGGAUUCUCCGCAUUCGCAACAGCGCUCAUGUUCUCGGCAUACGAACUUGCUGGGGUGUCGACGAAUAUCAUUGCCGGCAUGAUCGGGUCGGCUUGGGGAAUUCGAGCCCCGCUACUGAUUGGACUCGGGUUCCAGCUCCUCGGACUGGUCAUGCUUUUCGUGUGGCAGGCAGACAACCAGCAUCUGCUUGGGGUGCGAGGCGCGGUCUACGUUGCGGCCGCUCAGGUGCUGAGCGGUGCCGCCAAGGACAUGGUGAAACUCUCCGGCAAGUCCAUAUCUCGGCUCGUGACCCCGGAAUCGAAACAAACGCGCCUCUUUCGUCUGGUAGGGUUCAUCACUGGCUUUAAGAAUACGUUCAAAGGCCUCGGGUACAUCAUGGGUGCAUCGAUCGUGUUUGUUUCCUACUAUGCCGCACUUGGUGUGAUGGUCGGGAUCGUUCUCAUCGUCGCUGUGAUCGUUUGGUUCGGGCUGGACUGGGAGACUGGGCGUAUACCGCACGACUAUGUCUCGCUGAGGCGCAUGCUCACUGUGAAUCACAACGUUGGUUUUCUCUGUCUCGCGCGGAUAUUUCUCUUCGGUGUACGUGAUCUGUGGCUCGAAGUUCCGAUACUGUACUUCCUCCAGAACCAAAAGUAUGGGUUCUCCUGGCCGGACUAUGCCGUGGGUCUGUUUGUUGGCCUCUACACGGUACAGUACGGUCAGAUACAGAGCUGGGCGCCGCAGUACUUGCUUCGGCCGCUCGGACAGAUGCCGUCCAAUCGUUAUACGCUUCUGUUCUGGAACAUACUUCUUUUGCCGGUGGUUGUCUUUAUGGCUGCCUUUAUUCAAUGGUCCCCGACAUUUGCCAAUCAUGAUGUGAAUGGCAUGAUUGGGUUCGUGAUUGUGACGGUGUUCGCGUUCUCGUUCGUUUUCGCCGUGAAUUCGUCAGCGCAUAGUUACAUGAUCGUCAAGUACACGUCCGGCGACAAGGUCGCCAUGACAGUAGGUUUUUACUACAUGACCAACGCUAUUGGCCGCUUCAUUGGUACCUUUUUCGGUGGACUGCUCUAUACCUACGUCAGUUCCGACAAAGUCGAAAGUCUGGCUGCAUGUUUCUGGACAUCGGUCGGAUUCAUUCUGGCAGCUGAGGUCUUUACCUAUUUCCUUCAUGAUAAUGUUGGCGGAUUCCGAUGCGGCCCCUGUUUCGCGUACGCCGUGGAUGCAGAAGACUCGGAGGUCAGUCGGAGCAAGGUUGAUCUCAUCGAGGGCAAACCCGCAUCAUCAUUCUUGGAUUCAGAUACUCACAUGAACAACAAGCUCGAGAAAGCCGAGCUCAGUCCAGCAUAUCAGGGCAACCAGUUCGCCGGCGUGCCGCGCACAGCGUACAGCACUGGCAGCGAAGAGACGCAAGCUGAAAUACCAGGAUCCCAGAUCCGGAACGAACGUGACCGAAAUGAGCGCUAG